AUGCGGGGACUGAUGGUGUCCGGCAGCAUCUGCAGCCCACUGACCCCCUGGUGUGGCGCAGAUACAUAUUGGACCAACCCCCAGCUUAAAAUCAAAUUGGAGGAGCUGGAUGAUGAUUGGGAAGCAAGUGCAUGUGAGCCUUGUUGCACGAGGUUAGUAGGUUUGAUGCAGAAAAAUCGCAGAUGACUGAAGAAAGGGGAAGGGCUCCUCAAGAUUGGCUACGCUAUUUAUCAGGUGCCCAAAGAGUUAAAAAAUCAAGCCGAUGCUCAUCUAAGCAGAGAGUUCUUUUCAACAAAUAAACCUGUAGCUCAUUUAGCCAUCAAAUUGCGUGAAGCAUCAAGUCGCUUCCACCUACCCCAUGGCGAAUAUCUUAUUGUGCCCUACACCUAUGAUCAUUUCAAAGAUGGACAGUUUUGCCUUAGGAUCUUCUCUGUGAAACAGAUUAAAGUUCUAGAAAUUGGGCACACUGCCACUGCUAAUCCAUAUGAGCCUCAAGUUACAGGCAAGGAUACAGAUGAGUUCAAAAGUGUGUUCCAAAAGCUUUCUAGGGAGGAGUGUGAAUUGACUGCAGAUGAACUUCAGACUAUUUUGAAUAAAGUCAUAACAAAAAGAACAGACAUUAAAAGUGAUAGAUUCAACAUAAACACCUGCAGGGAGAUGAUCAGUCUCUUAGAUAAUGAUGGAAAUGGUACCCUGAGAUUUGUAGAAUUCAAGAUCCUUUGGAUGAAGAUUCAGAAAUAUCUGGAAAUCUAUAAAAAACUAGCUACAAAUUAUUCUGGAACCAUAGAUGUACAUGAAAUGAGAAAUGCUCUCAAGGAAGCAGGUUUCACUCUCAGCAACAAAAUCCAGCAAAGUAUAAUUAUUCGUUAUGCCUGCAGCAAGCUGGCCAUUGACUUUGAUGGCUUUGUGGCCUGUAUUAUUCGUCUAGAAUGCUUGUUCAGUAAGUUAUUUCAGAUACUAGAUAAGGAUAAGGAUGGAACAAUUCAGCUUUCUUUGACAGAGUGGCUGUGUUGUGCAUUGAUCUAA